CGUGAGGACAUCGACAUGAUUACUUUAUAUUCAGUUUGUUUGUCCUUCCUAUUGAUUGCCACCGAUGGUGCGCGCAGCAAGCCGCAGUACUUGUUCAGCUACGAGGCAGAAGGCUGGCUGAAGCUGCACAAGUUCCCGGCCACCUGGGAACAGGCCUUCCUCAGAUGUCACUACGAGGGAGCGGUGUUGGCGUCUCCACUAGACGCGGGGCUAGUGAAUGCUCUUCGCUUAAAAAUGGUUCGAAACAGAGUUCACGGUCAGAUCUUCCUAGGAGCACACAACUUGCACUCUGGUGAUGACUUUGUUUCAAUACAAGGGGUGCCGUUGUCUGACAUGGAAAUAAGCUGGGCUCCACAGACUUACCCAGAUUUAUCAGGGCUCUGCCUGACCAUAGCCAUCAAUGGAUCCUCAUAUACAUGAAUGUCACUUCAUGUAAGGACUCGCUUCCCUACAUAU